AUGCUGAUAGGGCUGCCGCGGCACUGGAGUGCGUCGCGGAUGUUUGCGGAGGCGCGCACGGACGACUUUCAUGCCGUCAUGCGCAAGCGAGUCGCAUCUCUGAUGAUGCGCGAGGGCGGCAGCGAAAAUUUCCUUGUGACCGCGGUGGCUGAUACAAAUGACAACUCGAUAUUCAUCCACCGGAUACAGGCUAGGAUGAGAACUAUGGACACAAAAGGUUUAUGUAGUGGAUCAAUUCUCAACAGCAUGACGAUCCUCACUGCGGCCCAUUGUUUCAACAAGUUUUCUCGCACGUUUGCUAUAAAGCACUACAAUAACAAACACUUUGACAAAAUCGCGGAUGUUACACAAUAUGGUGUCAUAAAACACCCUGAAUAUCGUUCAAAAUUAAUGAACAGAGACGUCGACUUGGCGAUUAUGAAGACCGAGGAAAAUAUGGAGUUUAAUGAGAACGUUCAGCCUAUAGCUUUAGCGUUUUCCCGCGGAGUAAAAAUUUUUGAUAGAGCUGUAAUUGUGGGUUUUGGCAGAGCAGACCCUACUGGAAAGCCUAGUGGUAGAGAAGGUUAUGUGACCGUCACAAGGUGUCCGAGCAAAUAUCUGAACGUGAUAUGCACUUCAGGUUACGUAAGAGCUGCAUCUGGCGACUCAGGAGGUGCGCUAGUUUAUCGUAACCAGUUAGUGGGCGUCACCUCCGGAAGCUGCUUGCGCGCCGAAAAUUUAAUAAUAAGCGAACCCUGCCUUACAGUCUACGCUAAUGUCACAGCCAACAUGGACUGGAUAAAGUCGCAUCUUGACGAUCUUACAACAACGGAGAUCUCUAUCGCCACAACAGAUAACCCCAGAACAUCAUCAUUACCAUCGCCAAGCAAAUCGGAGUGUCUACAAGAACCGAACAGUUAUUCACCGACGCUAAAGACAACCACAGUUAAGUCAUCGACUAUAUACCGUAUUGGUGAAAAAAGUGUAUAUUCAUAUUUACCUAUACAUUACGAUGAAGAAGAUAUGAUCAGAACAACAUUUACUUACAUUUUUAUAUUAUGAAAAAUUUUUAAUCUAAUUUUCUACAACCAAAUAUUGUGUGACAUUUUUAAGUGCAAACCAGGAGCUCACCACAUGAUUUUUGUGACUUUUAAUUUAUACAAUUUUAGUAUACCAGAUUAUAAAUAUAUACGUUACAAAACAAUACAAACUGUCAUUUCUCAAAUUGCAAAUUGAUACGCUGUCUAAAUGCGGUAAGGUACAAUUUUCAACAAAUAAUUAUGAUAGUUUGUGUGAUACAUCAUACUUAGAAAUAAAUAUUAUAUAUUGUGAACAUUUUAAACUACU